CAACAAUAACAACAACAACAACAAUGGAUGCUGCUCAGGAUCAUCUGCUCAACAUAAUACGAUGCUAGUACAAAACAGGCAAUAGUAAGGAUUUUCCCUCGCCUUUACAGACAUAUAAACACGUUGCCAUUGAAAUUUUGAAAAAAAUAUGAAAUGACUUCAAAAGGUAAAGAAACUUUUCAACCCGAUUCCGCUGUUCACAUCACUUACGAAGAUCAGCAGAUGAUCAAUAGAUUCGCUAGAUUGAAUGCGAAACUCGAUGACUGCAAAGAUGAAAUUAAACUGAAAGAAAACGAUUUAAAAAGUAUCGAAGAUGCAUGUGACGAAAUUGCUUUAUUUGAUGAAGACGAACAAAUUCCUUACGAGGUAGGAGAUGUUUUCAUAUAUCAAAAUGUAGAGAAAACUAAAAAAUGUUUAGAAGAUACUAAAACGAAGAUUGAAGAAGAGAUAAAAAAUCUGAAAUUGAAAUCAAGCGAAAUUAUAGAAACGAUGAGUGAUCUGAAGUUGGAUCUCUAUGGAAAAUUUGGAAGCCAUAUUAAUUUAGAAGCUGAUGAAGAAUAGUUUUUUUUGUCAGAUUCAUUAAAUUUGUUAUAAAAGUAGAAACAAAUAAAAUAAUAAAAAAAUUGUCAUCGUCCUUGUGCAAAAUGUGCAUUUUAGCU